CUAAAAAUAGCACUACCAAAUGACAAAAUAUAUUAGGUCCUCAAACCUGCCAGAAAUCAUCUCUGCCUCUCUGGCAGCUCCCAAUAUUGUCACCUGUCAACUAUCCGAGGGAUCAUGGCUAUGGAGUUGGUGAAGAUGCCAUUGGUUGUUCUGGGCACACUCUCUAUGGUGCUUGUGCUAGCUAAGAGCAUCGAGUUCACAGAUGGCGACUUGGCUUCUGAAGAGAGCCUGUGGGAUCUGUAUGAGAGAUGGAGGAGCCACCACACUGUGUCCAGAGACUUGGAUGAGAAACAGAAACGUUUCAAUGUCUUCAAGGCGAACGUGAUGCACAUCCACAAGGUGAACAAGAUGAACAGGCCUUACAAGCUCAAACUGAACGGCUUUGCUGACAUGACAAACCAUGAGUUCAGGAGUGCUUACAGUUCCAAAGUCAGACAUCAUAGGAUGCUCCAUGGCACCAGAGCUUCAACUGGAUUUAUGUAUGCGGAUGUUGAAAACCUCCCAACCUCUGUUGAUUGGAGGACGAAAGGAGCAGUGACGCCUAUAAAAAAUCAAGGAAAAUGCGGUAGCUGCUGGGCUUUUUCGACCGUAGUAGGGGUCGAAGGAAUCAACAAGAUCAAGACUGGACAGCUGGUUUCUUUGUCUGAACAAGAGCUUGUUGAUUGUGAAAAGGACAAUGAUGGCUGCGAUGGAGGACUUAUGGACAAAGCGUAUGAGUUCAUCAAGAAGAAAGGUGGAAUAACAACAGAGAGGCAAUACCCUUACAUUGCAAGGGGUGAGAAAUGUGAUUCAUCAAAGAUGAACACUCCUAUUGUUACAAUUGAUGGGCAUGAAAACAUUCCAGAAAACGACGAAAAUGCUUUGAUGAAAGCUGUUGCUAACCAGCCAGUAUCUGUUGCCAUAGAUGCCAGUGGUUCUGAUUUGCAAUUCUACUCUGAGGGAGUGUUCAACGGACAGUGUGGAACUGAGCUAGACCAUGGAGUUGCAAUUGUUGGCUAUGGAGCAACGCAUGACGGUACAAAGUACUGGAUAGUGAAGAAUUCAUGGGGGACUGGUUGGGGAGAGCAAGGUUAUGUUCGGAUGGAACGUGGGGUACAUGCCGAGGAGGGACUUUGUGGCAUAGCCAUAGAAGCCUCUUACCCCAUCAAGAAAUCAUCCUCGGGGUACCCCAAAGAUGGGACACCCAAGGAUGAACUCUAGGACCAGGUCCUCCAUACUGUGCUGAAAUGAAUGUUUUGUGUGUAAACUUCCAAGACUCCAUUUCCUUUUUCUUCUAAAGUGGCUAUUGAGUUUAGCUGUGUGUGGAAUAAAUAAUCUCUUCUUUAAUGGCUCUUGUGUGUGUUGUACUUUUAUUAUACCCAACCCUUCAAGGAAAUGAUAUAAACUGCAGUCGUUUUG